AUGGAUUGCGUUGUUGCUUUCUCUUCUUCGGAUUCUUCGGAUUCUUCGGAUUCUUCAGAUUCUUCGGAUUCUUCAGAUUCUUCGGAUUCUUCGGAUUCUUCAGAUUCUUCAAACACAUCGCCUUCUGUGCUGAUUUACACAUCAUUGCUGAGUCUUCGAGCGGUGAUUCCAUCGCUCCCAAUCAAAGAUUGCUUCAUUACGCGCUCUGGAAUUCUCCUGAUUGGAUCCAAGAAGGUCACGAAAGUCGAUUUUGUGGGAAGAAUCGAAGUGGAAUUACUGCUUGAUCAGGAACCUAUUUGUGGAGAUGUCGCUGAUUUGAUUCUGGCGCUGGUGGAAAAAGAUGGAACAAUUCUUUUAAUUGAUUCAAUCACCACUCAGAUUUUGACUCGAAUUCCGACAGAAAAGUCGAUCAUUCGCAUUUUAUUUGAUUCGGAUUCUACAGGUAUUUUCGCAUGUGCGCAGGAUGGAAACGUGUUCUAUUAUCCACUAAAUAAUUGCUUGAGUCCAGCUUUUUGGGAGACUGACAAAGCAUCGACUGGAGGAGGGGAUAUUAAGUCGAAGAUUUGGAGUUUAUUUGCGUUUUGUGUUUGUUGGAAGAAUCGUUUGAGUUAG